GGCAGCCGGGGAAGGAAGAAAACACCCCCAUAGAAGGCAGCGGAGCAGCGGCCACAGCAGCGCCCGCAACGCCGCGGCCGCCGGCCCCAAACUUUCUGGCGGCGGCUCGGGCGGGCCCGGCGGUGGAUGCGGGUUUCUCGGCCGGGUCGCUGAGCCUGCAGCCCCGCCGCACGAUGCCCGCCGCGCUGCCCAGCCUGCUGGCCUGGCUGCUCGUGCUGCUGCUCGGCAGGGCCCGCCCGGCCGACGCCUGCAGCUGCUCGCCCAUCCACCCGCAGCAGGCCUUCUGCAACGCGGACGUAGUGAUCCGAGCAAAGGCCGUGUCUGCCAAAGAGGUGGAUUCAGGGAAUGACAUAUACGGGAAUCCGAUCAAACGAAUCCAGUAUGAAAUCAAGCAGAUCAAGAUGUUCAAGGGCCCUGAUAAGGACAUAGAGUUCAUCUACACGGCUCCAUCCACCGCCGUGUGCGGCCGGCUGCUGGACACCGGCGGAAAAAAGGAAUAUCUCAUUGCAGGCAAGUCAGAGGGCAAUGGCAAGAUGCACAUCACGCUUUGUGACUUGGUCUCCACCUGGGACUCACUGAGCCCAACCCAGAAGAAGAGCCUAAACCAGCGGUACCAGAUGGGCUGCGAAUGCAAGAUCUCGCGCUGUCUCUCCAUCCCCUGCUUCGUCUCCUCCUCGGAUGAGUGUCUCUGGACAGACUGGGCGAUGGAGAAGAACAACGUGGAUGGGCGGCAGGCGAAACACUACGCUUGCAUCAAGAGGAGCGAUGGCUCAUGUGCCUGGUACCGCGGCAUGGCACCCCCCAAGCAAGAGUUUCUUGACAUUGAGGACCCCUAAAGCCAAACAAGCGCAUUCCAGUAGCCAGUAGAAAAAACCUGCGAGAUGUUA